UCAGGGUGCGCGUCGGGGCCGGCGCUGUGGUUGCCGGAAGUUGGUUGGCGGUUUUCCUGUAUUUUCUUGUGUCCUUUCAGCAGACAAGUCAGAACAGCAGUGAUGGGGGACCCUGGCGCCUCUAAGCUGCAGUUUGCCCCCUUCAGUAGUGCCUUGGAUGUUGGCUUCUGGCAUGAGCUGACCCAAAGGAAGCUGAAUGAGUAUCGGCUGGAUGAAGCUCCCAGGGACAUUAAGGGUUAUUAUUACAAUGGGGAUUCUGCUGGGCUGCCAGCUCGCCUCACGUUGGAGUUCAGUGCUUUCGACAUGAGUUCUCCCACACCUGCACGCUGCUGUCCAGCUGCCGGAACACUAUAUAACACCAACACACUGGAGGCUUUCAAGACUGCAGAUAAGAAGCUCCUUUUGGAACAAGUAGCGAAUGAGAUCUGGGAAUCCAUCAAGUCAGGUGCUGCACUUGAAAAUCCUGCGCUCCUCAACAAGUUCCUGCUUUUGACCUUUGCUGAUCUGAAGAAGUACCACUUCUAUUACUGGUUUUGUUAUCCUGCUCUCUGUCUUCCUGAAAGUAUACCUCUUAUUCAGGGGCCACUGAGCUUGGGUCAAAGGUUUUCACCAACACAGAUCCAAGCCCUGGAGCGUGCCUACGAUGAUCUCUGUCUGACAGAAGGAGUCACGGCCCUGCCUUACUUCUUAAUCAAGUACGAUGGCAACCUGGUGCUGGUGUCUUUGCUUAAACACUACAGUGAUUUCUUCCAAGGUCAAAGGACAAAGAUAACAGUUGGUGUGUACGACCCCUGUAACUUAGCCCAGUACCCUGGAUGGCCUUUGAGGAAUUUCUUGGUCCUAGCAGCCCACAGAUGGAGUGGCAGUUUCCAGUCUGUCGAAGUCCUUUGCUUCCGCGACCGUACCCUGCAGGGAGCCAGAGACAUUGCCCACAGCAUCAUCUUCGAAGUGAGACUUCCAGAAAUGGCAUUUAGCCCAGAUUGUCCUAAAGCGGUCGGCUGGGAAAAGAACCAGAAAGGAGGCAUGGGCCCGAGGAUGGUGAACCUCAGUGAAUGUAUGGACCCCAAGAGGUUGGCUGAGUCAUCAGUGGACUUAAAUCUAAAGUUGAUGUGUUGGAGAUUGGUCCCUACCUUAGACUUAGACAAGGUUGUGUCUGUCAAAUGUCUGCUGCUGGGAGCCGGUACCUUGGGUUGUAAUGUGGCCAGGACACUGAUGGGUUGGGGUGUCAGACAUGUCACCUUUGUGGACAAUGCCAAGAUCUCCUACUCAAAUCCUGUGAGACAGCCUCUCUACGAAUUUGAAGACUGCCUAGGGGGUGGAAAGCCCAAGGCCCUGGCUGCAGCAGCCCGGCUCCAGAAAAUAUUCCCCGGAGUGAAUGCCAGAGGGUUCAACAUGAGCAUCCCCAUGCCAGGACAUCCAGUGAACUUCUCCAGUGUCACCCUGGAGCAAGCCCGCAGGGACGUGGAGCAGCUGGAGCAGCUCAUCCAGAACCACGAUGUCAUCUUCUUGUUGAUGGACACCAGGGAGAGCCGGUGGCUUCCUACCGUCAUUGCUGCUAGCAAGAGGAAGUUGGUCAUCAAUGCUGCUUUGGGGUUUGACACAUUUGUUGUCAUGAGACACGGCCUGAAGAAACCAAAGCAGCAGGGAGCCGGGGACCUGUACCCGGGGCCCCCUGGCUCAUCUGCUGACCUCUUGGGAUCCUCACUUUUUGCCAACAUCCCUGGUUACAAACUCGGCUGCUAUUUCUGCAAUGAUGUGGUGGCCCCUGGAGAUUCUACCAGAGACCGGACCCUGGACCAGCAGUGCACCGUGAGCCGUCCGGGCCUGGCCAUGAUCGCAGGAUCACUGGCCGUGGAGCUGAUGGUUUCCGUCCUGCAGCAUCCAGAAGGGGGCUACGCCAUCGCCAGCAGCAGCGACGACCGCAUGAGUGAGCCCCCCACCUCUCUGGGGCUUGUGCCUCACCAGAUCCGGGGAUUUCUGUCACGGUUUGACAAUGUCCUUCCUGUCAGCCUGGCGUUUGACAAAUGUACAGCCUGUUCUUCCAAAGUCCUUGAUCAGUAUGAACGAGAAGGAUUUAACUUCCUAGCGAAGGUGUUCAAUUCUUCACAUUCCUUCUUAGAAGACUUGACGGGCCUCACGCUGCUGCAUCAGGAGACCCAGGCUGCUGAGAUCUGGGACAUGAGCGACGACGAGACGGUGUGAGGCAGCCGCCCCCCCCCCCCCUCCGCGCAGGG